UGUAUAAUAUAUGAAUUUAUCAAAAAAAUGUGAAUUAUGGAAAAUGUACUUUUCAGGAUUCCCCAAUGUUCUGGGAUGUGUGGAUGGAACAUUCAUCCGUUUAAUGGCACCAUCUGAGAAUGAAGCAGACUAUUUGAACAGGAAAGGCUUUCAUUCACUCAAUGUUCAGAUGAUAUGUGAUGCGAGAUACAAAUUCAUCAACUGUGUUGCAAAGUGGCCAGGGAGUGUCCAUGACAGUCGCAUCUUCAGAGACAGCUGAAUCAGCAUUGCGUUUGAAAAUGGUACCUACAAGGGAUUACUGUUGGGAGACUCAGGAUAUCCAUGCAAGUCCUACUUGAUGACACCAUUCCUAACCACAUCAUCCCAUGCUGAAGAGAAAUAUAACAGAAGUCACAGUAGAACCAGAGUUUUGAUUGAGCAGAGUUUUGGAAUUUUGAAAAGGAGAUUUUCUUGUUUACAUAGUGGAUUAAGGACAACACCUCAAAAUGCCUGCAAAAUAGUAACUGCUUGUGUCAUUCUACAUAAUAUUGGCAUUGAUAGAAAAGAUAUACAUGUAAUAGAUGUUGAACAGGUUGAUAUUGAGACAAAUGCAAAUGUCAGUGUCCAUAUAGCUGAUGACUGGACUGGUAACAAUGUUCGAAAACACUUGUGUCAGCAGUGUUUUAGUUAG